UGUUGGGGAUAAGAAAGGUAGGAAUAGGAGUGCUGAUCCAGAAACUGUAAAAGAUGUUGUACUUGAAAGUUUGAAAGAAAGUUCUGGGGCUUUCAUACCAAAGCCCAAGAAUAUUCAAGAAAACUUUGCAAGUACUCACAACAUCAACAUUCCCUAUAUUUGUGCAUGAAAAGCUAGGAAUCUGGUUCUAGAGGAAUUUUUUGGAAAUUAUGAAGAAAGUUAUGCUGAUGUACCUAAGUUCUGUUCAACGGUGGCCAAUACUAACCCAGGAUCUGUUGCCAAGUUUAGAUAUGGAAGAAAAUAUUUCAAGUUUGAGACUAUGACAAUACAUUUGUUGCACCAAUGAAAGCCUUUCAGGAGUCUUGCAAAGGUGUUGUAGGGUUUGAUGCAUGCCAUCUUACUGGCAAGUGGGGUGGUGUCUUAAUGGCUGCAACAACACUUGAUGGUGAGACUAGAUUAGUGCCUCUAGGUAUUGUAGUGGCUAGAAGUGAAACCAGAGAAAACUGGUUAAUAUUCCUCAAAGAUUUGGCACCAGGGAUCUUAGCUCAUCUUUCUGGAAAAGUCACUUUCAUAUCAGAUAAGCAGAAAGGUUUGUUGGAAGCAGUUGCAGAAGUGCUUCCUGGUAUGCCCCAUAGAUAGCGUUGGAGGCACAAUUACAAGAAUUUCAAGAAAACAUAAGUCCCCCACAUUGCACAACUCAAUGUGGAAUGCUACCAAAGCCUACAAGAUAAAGCAUUUUGAGGUUUGUUUCUUUUAAAUCUGUUUGUAUUACAUUUCUAGAGUAUUAAUGUAAAUACAUACUAAUGUACAAAUGGGUAAUGUAUGAACACAUGACUGUUAUGUACUAAGAAAAUGCUAAAGCUGCAGAGUAUCUUAUGAAACAAGGUCACCAUAAUUUGGCUAGGGCUUUUUUUGAUCCCACUAAUUGUUGUGAGGAUCUCAAUAACAAUUUUUCUGAAUCUUUUAAUUCAAUGGCUAGUGAACUGAGAGACAAACCUGUAGUUAUUCUUGGCAUGUUGUACGGUGAGUUGGUGAUGAAAAUGUUUACAAAGAGAAGGGAACAAUGUACAAAGUGGAAAUCUGGAGAUUUGGUUCCUAAAGCUAAGGACCUUAUCAAACAAAUGCUUGACAUUAGUGAAAAAUUUCAUGUUCAAGGUAGUGUGGUUGGGGAGGUUUAUUUGGUCACCAACAGGUCCACCAGAAAAAUAUUUACAGUGAACUUUAUAGAGAAGAAGUGCACUUGUUUGCAGUGGAAGUUUAGGGGAUUCCCCUGUCAACAUGUUGUUUCUGCAUUGAAGACAAUCUCACCAAAUUGGGCCGAGUAUUGCUCUCCUUACUAUUCAGUGGAUUAUUAUAGGACCACAUAUGCUCCAAAAGUUUUUUCAUUGGAAGACAUUUCUUACUAUCCAGAGCCACCAAUGGAAAACAAGAUACUACACCCUCCCAGCCAAAAAAAGCCUGGCAGACCUCAUUCAAAGAGGAGAAGAAGUUAUGAUGAGCCUCAAACUGAGAAGAAGAAAAGGAAGUGUACUCAAUGUGGAUCUACAGAAGGUCACAACAAGAGAACUUGUAAAGGUGGUGAUGUUGGUAAGAAUCAAACUGGAUAUAUGCCAAGAACUGAGUGUGAUGCUACAAACUUCACUUUCACAAACACAGAUGGAGCUGAAACUAGCACUGCAAGGGGUAAAGCAAAGAAGCAAGGAAAAGCAUCAUAUGUUGGUGAGUCUUCUGCAAGAACAUCCUCUCAUGGAAAACCACCUCCAGUACCAAACACUCAAAGAUAUGCAUCUGCAGGACCUAGUAUCACACAAAGUUUCAGUCAAGCUUUUGCUGGUAUUGGAUAUGUGGCUCAGAAUAUUGCUAUUGUUACACAGGCUAAGAGAAAGCAGGGAAAGAAUGCAAAGAAGAAGUAAUGUGUGUGUCUGUUUUGCUUUUUUGUUGGAUCCGUGAUCCUUUGUUGCAGUGUUUGUCUUUUGUUUCAAGUGCUUUUAGGUCUGAACUUGUUUAUGGAUGACAAAACAAUAUGGAUUUGAAGUACCUUUUAAUAUUAAUCAAGUUUAUUAGUUUAAAGUAA